AUGUCUGCUGAGCCCAAAUGCAAACCGGGCCGCAAAGCACAGACCAGACGGAGCGCUCCAAAAUGGCGGACAGCCCGCAACAACGAGGACAAACAGAGAAGGAUCCACCAAGUACUACAGGGCACACCAAACGGCAGAGCCAGCUGGCGGACCACACAAGCCCCCACGACGGGACAGCAACAUACCCUAAGUGGCAACAAACACCGGCAAGUACUCGCAAGCCGCAAAACAAAGGGCGGGAAACGAGGGAAAUCUCCCCGGGCACCUGUAGCCAUGAACCACGCAAUUUUACCACAUGAGCCCUCUCAGACUGCAGCUGCCCAGAAACUCCAGCCACAAACGUCAACCUCAGAAACGGCGGACCCAACAACACAGGGGGACACUCCGCAUCGAGAUCCACGACAGCCCCUACACAGGGAGGACCGCGGCCUUCACAGGAAGUACUUACACCAUGAGCCGCAGAAGCAGGCCUCUAGGAGUGCCCAAGGCUCUGAGAAAAGCAUAACUGGACUCUGCUACCGGGUCCCCUGCGGCCUUAUAUGCCCACUAACGAGACUAGGCACCGGCAAACAAUGGACGCUGUUUCUGGACUCUAAAGUGGACACUAAAACGCUGCUUCUGUCCUGUACACACUGA